AGACGAGGGGUAGAGAAAGCUCGAGGCAGUUGCAUCAGAUAAGAUAAUCUGCGUGGUGGGGCACCAGCGAAGAUCGGGCGCCGUCAUCCGCAGAAGGCGUCACCUUCCUUGACGGUUGCCCGCCAGCUGCACCAAUGUACCCGCCUGUCACCAUUGGAGAACGUCACAUCCCGUGAAUAAUGUGGUAUUCAUGCUGUCGAUCAUGGCGCCAACCUUGAUCUGAUAAUCUAAAUCGGCGUACCCCUCACCUGGCUUGCCUAUCACGUUGGUCGCUUUAUCAACCUGCGUAUCACGGCUUCCGCUUUUGAGAAGUAACUCCGACUAUCUCGACUUGGAGGUUGACUUGGCUUGAAGUGUAACAUAGAACUUGAGAUGUAAAUGUCCGCCUUUUCAAUAGGAUGAUGGGGCCUUUGAAUUUCCAUCCUCUCAUCUGCCCUGGAAUACCAACAAACUUCUCAUUAUGACUAUGAGGCAGAGGCUAGUGUCACUCGAUCAACACGUACGGUUGAAGGGUGAUGACAGCCGACAUGAGCAGACUGACGCUUGGAGCAACCGCGACCUGAUCCCCUUGCCACCAGAGCGACGAACUUGGGGUUGGUUCAACUUUUUUGGCUUCUGGGCCAUAGCAAGCUUGAACGUUGCGAACUGGCAAACCCCAAGCUCUUACUUGACACUUGGCUUGUCUGUUCCCCAGGCUAUGCUCAUCAUUGUUGUCAGCAGGUUACUUAUCGUCAUGUUUUCCACGCUGAUUGCGUGGAUCGGACUGACAUGGCAUAUCGGAUUUACGGUACAGAAUCGUUAUUCUUGGGGCAUGAGAGGCAGCUUUAUUCCACUACUGCAAAGAAUCUUGCUCAACUUCAUCUGGAAUGCUGUACAGUGUUGGAACGGGGGCCGCUUGAUUGCAGUGUGCUUGACAGCCAUAUGGCCUUCCUAUGCGCGGAUGCCAAAUACAUUUGGACCGAACAUGCCAGCCACGACGGAUCAGUUUGUGGGAUUUGUCGUAUUUUGGUUCCUAUCGACACCCUUUCUCUGGCUCCGCCCUGAAAAGUUCAAGAUCCCGUUCCAGAUCGUAUGUACUUGGUGUGGUGUCGGUAUGCUGGCUUGGAUGAUUUGGGCUCUCGCUGUCGCAAAAGGUGUAGGCCCGCUUUGGAGUGCUGGACAAAGUAUUCCUGCUGGCUCCCCCUUCAACUCAUCCUGGCUCAUCAUGGCUGGCAUCAAUCAGGGUAUUGGCGGACUGGCGGCAGGAAUCACCAAUGGCUCGGACUUCUCGAGGUAUGCUAGUGCCCGCAGACACUAUGUCUACAGUACGAUAAGCAGCUGCUUCAUCACUGGUAUUCUGGUAUCGUUUGUGGGUCUUGUCACUGCAUCGGCAGCACAAAAGAUAUAUGGUGAAGUGUAUUGGAACCCUCCUGAUUUGCUCAUGGUCAUGAUGGAUAACGGCAACGGCAGCUCCAAGGCUCGGGCCGGCGUCUUCUUCCUGGCUGCAGGAUUCGCCUUUACUGCAAUGUUCGAGAACAUAUGUGGCAACGCUAUCGCUGGAGGCAUCGAUCUGGCGGGCCUGUUUCCCCGAUAUAUCGAUAUACGGCGUGGCGCCAUCAUCACAUUCGUCGCUGCCUGGAUCGUACAGCCAUGGCAGCUUAUCAAUCGUGCCACGACCUUCAUAGCUGUUCUAUCGUCGUUCUCCGUCUUUUUAGCUCCUAUUAUAGGUAUUAUGGCCACUGAUUACUACCUACUGCGCAAGAGGAGGAUCAGGCUUACACAUCUUUAUAAGACAACUGACUCCUGCUAUUUCUUUUGGAAUGGAAUCAAUUGGCGGGCUAUACCAGCGUGGAUUUGUGGAUGGGCGCCUACAAUAGGCGGGCUGAUUGUCACGGUUCGAGGAGAUGCCGCGCCGCCGAGGGCAUUGGUGCAACUGUACUACAUGGCCUUUUUGAUUGGCUUCUUUGUCAGCGCCGCGGUCUUCUAUGGUCUCAACGUCAUCUUCCCGCUUCCCGACAUGGACCAGUUGGAUUCGGUCGAUGUUUAUGGGACAUUUACAGGAGCAGAAGCCCGUCGAAUCGGGGUUGUUCCACUCGAGGAAGACUCUUCGGCUUUUGGGAUCACUGGCACAUCCAUCGGACCAAGUCUAUCGGAAAAGAAUACCAUGGGUGAGAAGGAAGUGUAAUGAAGGGUAGCGGGAAUAAAGCCGCGAACGUACCUUUCCAGGCCUGGGCAUAUCCACAGCCUCAAAGCGUUCGGCAUACGAGAGUAUUACCUAGAGCUCGUCCCCACUGGGCGCCAAAAUGUCUGAUCCUUGCUUGUUACGCCCAAUGGCUGCAUUCACGGGAGGCUGCGGAUACCCUGUAAUAGCAUCAAGAUCUAUCUCUGACGUGA